AUGCAGAUCGCCCAAAUAUGCCGAAACAGCACCGAACAAAACAAUACAGAUGCUGUGAGCACAGUCAAACAAUAUGAGCAGUACGGAGAAGCAGCAGGUAGCCAUACCUGCAAGACCAACACGUCGAGCCCGGAUGUGAUGCACCAGCGGAAUGCGGAAAAGGAAGAACCGUUGUGGGCCCACUCUGGCAGUGGGAUGUGUGUGGUCGGCGGAGGUGUCCCCUUCUCUUCGACCCAGGAGAGGAUCAGAGAGGAGGGACAACACUGUCCAUCAGAGUCACUGAUGGAAACACAUGAAGAAGCAGAGCUCUGUUUUCCAGAACUCCUCAAUGCCUCCUGCCUGAAGCCAGUGGUUUCUCAGACCAAUGCUUUGGUCUAUCAAAUCCUGCUGUUCAUCUUCUCUCCACUCACUGUCGCUCUCAACCUGGUGGUCAUCAUCUCAGUCGCCCAUUUCAGACAGCUCCACACACCCACCAACCUCCUCCUCCUCUCUCUGGCUGUGUCUGACCUCCUUGUAGGCCUGGUGCUGAUGCCGGUAGAAGUCCUCCGAAAAAUGACCUGUUGGUUUCUUGGCGACUCCAUGUGUUCUUUGUAUAUAUUUUUUGCUUGGUUGUCUGUUUCUGCAUCAGUAGGAGACAUGGUGCUCAUCUCAGUCGACCGCUAUGUUGCUAUCUGUGACCCUCUGCAUUACACUAAUAAGGUCACUAUGAAAAGAGUUAAAGUUUGCAUUUGUCUCUGUUGGUUUUGCUCUUGUUGUUAUUGUUUUGUUAUUUUAAAUGAUGACCUGACUCAGUCAGGCAAGUAUCCCAUUUGUCAGGGACAGUGUGUGAUUAUUUAUGACUUUGUCGCCAGUGCUAUUGACCUUGUUGCAACAUUUAUUCUUCCAAUUUCUGCCAUUAUUGCUCUGUACAUGAGUGUGUUUGUGGUGGCUGUGUCUCAGGCUCGUGCCAUGCGUUCUCACAUCACAUCCAUCACAGCCCAGCGUUCAGGGAAGGCAGUCGCCAACAAAUCUGAGCUGAAAGCAGCCCGGAGUCUUGGUAUUCUUGUUGUUGUCUUCUUAAUAUGUUUCUGCCCUUAUUAUAUUGUGUCCCUAACAGGCAAUUCAUUUAUUCCUUCAUUACCCUUUUAUAUGACUUAUGUUAUGUAUUUAAAUUCAUGUGUAAAUCCUCUGAUUUAUUCCUUAUUCUAUCCUUGGUUCAGAAAAGCUGUUAGACUAAUAUUCACUUUGCAGAUACUGCAGUCUGACUCUUGUGAUUCCACCAUGGUCUAG